AUGAGCCUUCUACCAAAUAGUACUUCCGAUUCACUGCUGGAACAAGCAGCGUACCUUCGCACACUCCCCGCUAUAAGGGAACGUUGCACUCGAGUUCAUACUCUUGCGCAGAAGGACGGCCUGCAGUAUUUCGAAUAUCAUCCAGAAAAUGAACAAACAGUGGUCGAUUUCUGCGCAGCUAUAAUAGAGAGAGAUUUCGGAACAAAUUAUGUGGAGAUCCCUCCUCAUGGUCGCUGGCGCCACCUUGACUCUGGUCGACCACGUAUCCAAGCUCUUCUCAAUACAUGGGCCUCAUCGCCAAAUCCUCCAGAUACGAAGGAGAUCUGCCGCCGCUUGGUAGAUCUCUUCAUCGUCUCUGUCCUUCUUGACGCAGGCGCCGGGCCUACUUGGGGAUUCACCGAAGAUAAUCAUGGGGGGAAGAGGUUCACAAGAUCGGAGGGAUUGGCGGUGGCCAGCUUUGACAUGUUUGCAUCUGGGAUGUUCAGUAGCGAUGAAGAGCAACCAUAUCAGGUCGACGCUAAGGGUUUGUCCAAUAUCUCGACUCCGGAUAUUGCUCUAGCGAUGCAAGUCUCAGACGACAACCCGAUGGUUGGCAUCGAAGGCCGCGCGCAACUUCUUCAGCGUCUAGGGGGAGCCCUAAAGGAAGGUAAAGAGUUCUUCGGUGGUGGGGAUAACGCCCGUCUCGGAAAUCUGCUUGACUUCCUCGAGGCUCAAUCCGUGAAGUCCGACGCCGGGGAGACUAUUAUCCCUGUCUCCGCGCUCUGGGCAGCGCUCAUCGAGGGACUCAACCCCAUCUGGCCUCCAUCGAGAACAUCGCUUGGUGGUGUUUCUUUAGGGGAUGUUUGGCCUUGCGAAGCCCUCCGAGAUCCCUCGAAGUCCGAGACAGCCUCUGAGGAGAUUGACCCCUCUAUCCUCGUCCCAUUCCACAAACUAACAGGAUGGACCACCUACUCCGUCAUUGAACCAAUCGAGAAAGUCCUUGGAUGGAAAUUCGAAGGCAAGGAUCUCCUCACAGGACUACCGGAGUAUCGAAACGGCGGGCUUCUGAUGGACCAUGGUGUACUGACGUUGAAAUCCAACCCACCUCGAUCUCUUCCCGUUGAUGAACAAUCCGGGCUUCCUCGUGUCUCGCCGGCUCAUCCAGCUGUAAUUGAGUGGAGGGCUAUGACAGUGAUCGAAUUGCAAGUGGACCGCAUCGCAGAGCAAAUCCGUACGAAACUCGGCCUUGACCCCGAAGCCUUGUCUCUUGCUCAAGUCCUUGAGAGUGCGACGUGGAAAGGAGGCAGAGAAAUUGCCAAAAUAAAGAGACCCGCAACCGGAGGACCUCCACUCGAGAUUGAAAGCGACGGAACUGUUUUCUAA